CAUCUACAAGCUAAAUGUGAAUAUCACAAUGUAAUGGGUCAUAGUACUGAACAUUGUAUAGCUUUGAAGCAUAAAAUUCAAGAUCUCAUCAAUGAGGGCAAACUUCAGCUUGAUGCUAAGGAAGCCAAGGAUGCCCCAAACAUCACUCAAAAUCCUUUACCUCCACAUGAUGCAGACACAAUGAAUAUGGUCACCUUUGAUGAGGUUGAAAAGCCGAUGUUCGAGAAUGCUGGUUCUUGGUCUCUUGAUGAAUUGUUUGCCAUCUUGAUAGAGUAUGAUUUGAUUCAGCCAAUUGCACAAAUGAGCUUGAAUGUUUCACCUGCGAUGAUUGAUGAUGCCUUGGUGUCAGAAAAAUGUAUAGCACAGUUUGAGGAGGUGGUUGAUAUCACUGAUGAGGUCUGUUCUGAUGAUGAAGAAGACUAUUUUAGCUUCAACAAUCUCUUUGGGCCGGCCAACAUGGCAGAUCCUAAAGAGAGGUGGGGGAGGAUACUAGCUGAAAAGACAUUUAUGGAGAAGCACCCCAACUUCCAUCUUGUGCAUCAUGCGAAAGCUCCAAUGGGUUCACAUGAGUCUAUGCCUCUUGAAUCAGUGAAAGAAGAAUCACUAUGUGACUCAUGGGGAAAUUUGAUUAUGAAUGCUCUAGAUGAGGAAAAACCAAAAUUUGAUAAGGGAAUUUCACUAGUCAAUGAAAGCUUUCAGGCUAAUUGGACAACAAAACUUCUCCCUGCAGCUUUCAUCUUUGAGUAAAAGGAGUCAGCCUCUAGUAGUUUUGCUUGUGACUACGUGAAAGGAGGGAUUCAACAAGCACUUUUAUAUUUUCUGAAAUUUAUGUUAUCAUGCUUCUAGUAUUCCCAUGCUUUCCUUUUCAAUGAAACAUGUUGCAAUCC